AUGACGCAAUUAUUCCAGGUGAAUAACCCCCGCUGUGCAUGCAAUCACGCCUAUAAGCACUGUUGUGGCCACUAUGUUCAGGUUGUGUGGGCUAAGACAAACCUGGUCGGCUGCGGUUUCGCCAGAUGCCGCGACGUGCAAGGACUCUGGGGUCGAGGGCAUCGCAAUGUCUUCGUCUGUCACUACAAUCCUCAGGGAAACACGGUAUUCGUCACUGGAUCAGGACAGCUUUAUGCGGUACCGGCCUUCACUUGGGCUACCGGCAACAAGGGUCGUUGCUCAGAUUGUCCUUCGUCGGCCCCGGCCUGCUUUCAAGGACUCUGCUAUAUGCCUGCUGAACAACAGUACAGUCAAACAAAUGUGACAGAACCGAGCACGUGA